UGGAACAUGGCGGAGAAAUCUCCAGACGGGUUGGAGCUCAGCAGGGAAUGGCAAGAGGCAGUAGACUGCAGGGCCGAGCUGCUUCGGCACCUGAAGGAACAGGUGCCUCGGAUCUUCUGCCUGAAGAAGGAGCUCAAUCCCCAGGAUGAAGAGGAGAUGGUGCAGAGCCGCCUCCUCCACCCUCUGGAGUGCUUCCUGUUUGGAGAGCAUCCCCAAGAGGGUCUCCAGAAGCUCCAGCAGGGAAGCUCCUCCUCCCAACUCUGUGGGCGGGUCUUUAAGGAGGGAGAGACAGUCUACUCCUGCAGGGACUGUGCGAUAGAUCCUACAUGUGUGUUGUGCAUGGACUGUUUCCAGGACAGUGUACACAAAAGCCAUCGUUAUAAGAUGCAUGCUUCAUCUGGUGGGGGCUUCUGUGAUUGCGGGGAUGUAGAAGCCUGGAAGAUUGGCCCUUACUGCUCUAAACAUGACCCCGGGGCUGCCACUGCCAUGGUUACGGAUGAUUGUGCGUUGGAGCCAGAGCUUUAUGAGCGUGCAGAGAGGCUCUUCCGGGUCUUACUGCAAUACGUCACAGAUUUCCUGGUGUGGGAGGAAAACUUUGAACUCCCGUCUGAGCUCCAGUCUCGCACAAAGGAGAAUGCAUACUACUGUGUGCUGUACAACGAUGAGCACCACUCGUAUGACCAUGUGAUCUACACCCUGCAGCGCUCUGUCAACUGUGAUCACAAUGAGGCACAUACACACACUGCACUUAUUGACAAAGAGGGUCGACGGGCUGUUAAAAGAGGUACCCUACACUCCUGCCAGCAAGCAAAAGACCUGAUUAGGUCCAACUCGGAGCACAUCUCCCUGCAGCCUCUGCGUGUGGAGAUUCUUCACGCUGCCAUCAUGGCUCAUCAGACUUUUGCUCUGCGGCUUGGCUCCUGGUUCCAAAAGAUUAUUGGUUACUCAGCGGGCUUCAGACAGGCGUUUUGCCAGGUGGCCCUGGAGCCCAGUGCAGACAGUGACACACCCUGCCUCAUCAGCCGCCUCAUGUUACAUGAUGCCAGAAUGUACAAAGGAGCCCGCAAGAUCGUGCAUGAGCUCAUUUUCUGCAGUAUGCUGAUGGAAACUGAAUUCAAAAGGCUGUUUGCUAUUGAGUUUACAAAGCAUUACAAACAGCUGCAGAAGGACUUCAUCAAUGAUGACCAUGAAAGAAGUAUAUCGAUCACUGCUCUGUCUGUUCAGAUUUUCACCGUCCCAACUCUGGCAAGACAUCUAAUAGAGGAAGGUAACGUCAUUAAAGUCAUAGUUGAGACUGUCCUGGCGCUGCUACGUGAACAUUUGGAUGACAACAAUCGGUUCUUCUUCCUCGGCUACAACUCAGACAAGUUUUCACGCAUCCAGGUCAUCUUCCAUGACCUCAGGUACAUUCUGAUCAGCAAGCCUUCCAUGUGGACGGAGGAGCUGCGGAGACAGUUCUUAGAGGGCUUCAUGGCCUUCUUGGGUCUUCUCAAAUGCAUGCAGGUACUUUAUGACAU